AUGAGGCUCUGCCCGAGGAGACCCAGUUGUCUGGGCCAAGCUGUCCAAUGGCUCUUGCUUUUGGCCGUGCUGAUCUUCUUCCUCUUCGCCCUGCCCUCCUUUAUUAAGGAAACUAAUACAACGCCUACCAGGAAUCAGCAUCGAGAGAACAUUAAGGAAAGGUCUCCGGAGUUGCUGCAAAAGGCUACGUCCCAGGCACCCACUACCGGAAGCAGGACGACCGCCCACGUGGAGUCAGCACAGGGGACCAGCAUGCAGGACACCCCCCCCGAGGCCACAGCCAACACAGCUGGAGAGGGCAGAGGAGCGGAGGCUGGCAAGGCCAGUGCCGAGGAGCCAGACAGAGCACCCAGCACAGCCAGGAUGGCAGCACCGGAGGCGCAGGCGAGCAAGGACACCGCGGGGGACACGCUGCCCCCGAGAGCUCAAGUCGGGGGGGUGGCCUCUGGCUGGACGGAGGCGCCGCCGCUGAACAGUCAGGACCAGAGGACAACCAAAGGGUCAGGGGACCAGAGCGCGAGGCCGACGGCCCCAAGGAUGGUGCCCACGAAGCUGCAGGGCAACGCAGCAGCUACAGCAAGGACGCCCCUUCCAGAAAAUCAGGCUGGGGUGCAGACCCCUGCGGGAGCGGGGCCGACGGGAAGGGGAGUCCGAGGAGCCACCACAGAGGCCGUCCCACCCAAGGACAGAGCCCAGGCCACCCCAUCCUCAGCCCCUCUCCAGAGCCCCACCACCCAGAGAGGCCAGAGAUUGCGGGCCGCCAACUUCAAGUCUGAGCCGCAGUGGGAUUUUGAGGAAGAAUACAGCCUGGAGGUGAGAGGCCUCCAGACGACCUGCCCUGACUCAGUGAAGAUCAAAGCCUCCAAGUCACCCUGGCUCCAGAAUCUCUUUCUACCCAACCUCACCCUCUUCCUGGACUCCAGACACUUCAACCAGAGCGAGUGGGGUCGCCUGGAGCACUUUGCUCCACCCUUCGGCUUCAUGGAGCUCAACUUCUCCUUGGUGCAGAAGGUCGUGUCCUGCUUCCCCCCGGUGCCCAGGCAGCAGCUGCUCCUGGCCAGCCUCCCUGCUGGGAGCUCCCGGUGCAUCAGCUGUGCCGUGGUGGGCAACGGGGGCAUCCUGAACAACUCCCAAGUGGGCCCAGAGAUAGACGGCCAUGACUACGUGUUCCGACUGAGUGGAGCUGUCAUUAAGGGCUACGAACAGGAUGUGGGUACUCGGACGUCCUUCUAUGGCUUUACUGCCUUCUCCCUGACCCAGUCACUCCUUAUACUGGGCAAUCGGGGUUUCCGGCAUGUGCCUCUGGGAAAGGAUGUCCGCUACCUGCACUUCCUGGAAGGCACCCGGGACUAUGAGUGGCUGGAGGCACUGCUUCUGAAUCAGACCCUGGUGACGAAGAACCUCUUCUGGUUCAGGCGCAGGCCCCAGGAAGCUUUCCGGGAAGGCUUGCAAUUGGACAGAUACCUGUUGCUGCACCCAGACUUGCUCCGAUACAUGAAGAACAGAUUCCUGAGGUCUAAGACUCUGAACACCGUCCACUGGAGAAUAUACCGGCCCACCACUGGGGCCCUCCUGCUGCUCACUGCCCUUCAGCUCUGUGACCAGGUGAGUGCCUAUGGCUUCAUCACCAAGGGCCACGAACAAUUCUCUGACCACUACUAUGAUAAGUCAUGGAAACGAACGAUCUUUUACACCAACCAUGACUUCAAGUUGGAGAGAACGCUCUGGAAGCGGCUCCAUGAUGAAGGUAUUAUCCGACUCUACCAACAUCCUGUAACUGCCAAACCAACCAUGUGACUGGAGCCUGGGCUACAGAAGUCUCUUCAGCUGUUCCAAGAUGCAGGGCGCAGUGGGAGCCUGGAGACUCUUCAAUCAUCUUCCCAGCUCCUGGACCAGGCUCCGAGCCCCUCCAGACUUCCGAGGGAACACUGGUACAUAGGAGAGGACACCCUCAAGAUGGCAAAUGACCGACUGACGUUUUGGAGACCUUGGAAAUUUGC